CCCCCCCAGCACCACGCGGGGCCGCGCGCCGGGGUCCCCCGCAACCCCCGGCUGGGGGGGUCCCGUUCCCGUCCCCAUCCCCACUGCGGGUGGGUUGUGUUUUUUUUAUGGGGGGGGAGGUCCGGGGGACAAGAGCUGCGCCAUCACUGGAGCCCCUACUGCCGCCCCCCGGCCCCGGUGAGCUGGGGGGGAAGGGGGCAAAGCCGUGGUCAGCGUUUCCCCGUCUGAGCGUGAUGGAUGCAGAGGGGGGGCCGUCCGGCCCGGACCCCCCCCGGGAUCCCGAGGGCACCGCCGCAGCCCAUCCUGGCAGCGAGGCACCGGGUCGCCCUGCAAAGCGGUGUCGGAAAGCGGCAGCAGCGCGGCCCCAGAGCGGAGCUUUGGGGCACCCACGGGCUCUGGGGCCGCUGGAGGAGCUGCUGGGGUUGCGGGGCGGCCGGCUGCGCCCCACCAUCUGCGGGGAGUGCGGGAAGGGCUUCAGCCGCAGCUCGGACCUGGUGCGGCACCGCAUCACCCACACCGGGGAGAAGCCCUACACCUGCGGCGCCUGCGGGAAGGGCUUCAGCCAGAACUCCAACCUGGUCACCCACCAACGCAUCCAUACCGGCGAGAAACCCUUCAGCUGCGGGGCCUGCGGGAAACGCUUCAGCGAGAGCUCGGCGCUCAUCCAGCACCAGCGGACCCACACCGGGGAGAAGCCCUAUUGCUGCGGGGAGUGCGGGAAGCGCUUCAGUGUCAGCUCCAACCUCAUCCGCCACCGGCGCACCCACACCGACGAGAAGCCCUAUAUCUGCGUGGAGUGCGGGGAGGGCUUUCGCCACAAGUCCCAGCUGCGCCGGCACCAGAAGCUGCACUCGGGGGAGCGCCCCUUUAUCUGCAACGAGUGCGGGAAGAGCUUCAGCCACUGGUCCAAGCUGCUGCGGCACCAGCGGACUCACACCGGGGAGCGGCCGAGCACGUGCGGGGAGUGCGGCAAGAGCUUCAGCCAGAACUCGCACCUGGUGCAGCACCGCCGGACGCACACCGGGGAGAAGCCGUACCGCUGCGGGGACUGCGGGAAGAGCUUCAGCUGGAGCUCCAACCUCAUCCAGCACCAGCGCAUCCACACCGGGGAGAAGCCCUACACCUGCGGGCAGUGCGGGAAGAGCUUCACGCAGAGCAAAAACCUCAUCAAGCACCAGCGCACCCACUCAGGGGCCCGGCCCCACCGCUGCGGGCAGUGCGGCCGCGGCUUCGCGCAGAGCACCAACCUGCUGAAGCACCAGCGGGUGCACGCCGCCUGCAGCCAGCCGCCCGCCUGCCCCGAGUGCGGGCUGAGCUGCUGCGACGGGGCCGAGCUGGAGCUGCACCGGGCGCAGGCGCACGGCCACGAGCCCUACAUCUGCGUGGAGUGCGGGGACAGCUUCGCCAAAAGCGCCACGCUCAAACGCCACAAGCGCGUCCACAAACCGGUCUUCAUGCACUGAGCUGGGGGGCACGUCCCGCCUGGGGACGGACUGGCUCAGGAUACAAACCCCAGACCACGAGCCUGUGGUGAACGUGUAGGGUUGGACCCUACAGGUGUAUAUAGUGUGGGGUGGGGGGCGUGUAGGGUAGAAGUGCCGCGCCGGCAGGAAGGCGAGGGGCCAGGAUGUGGGGCACGGUGGGAUGGCUGUAGAAUAAAGCACUUCUGUCUGGGGGAA